AUGGUAGUGCUGCCGGAAGCUGGUCCGCACUGUCGUACGCCCAGCUGGGCAACGUUUGCGCUGCCAGCAGCAGCCGUGGCUAGCUAUUGUGGUCGUAAAGUCGAAUGGCCUGAUCAGGUGGGCAGCGGUCUGGGCAGUCAUCCACAGGGAGUACGCUUGGUGCUGCACGCCCGGACUUGCAGUCUUGGUCAAAGCAGAGAAUCUCCAAGAGCUCCCAGGCUACGGAUUCAUUCGGGUGGGGCGAGGUGUUAUUAUUGUGGGAUUGUCUCUGCAGAGUUGGCCUGGAGAGUGAGCGCUGGAGGGAGUGGAGCAAGUGUCCCCAAGAGUCCAGGAGCGCCCCCCCAGACGGGUGUGCUGGAGGGCUCGGGCACGGGGAGAGAGAGAAUUCCUGCCUUCUGGCUGGGAGCAGGGAGGCGGUGUGGCGGGGCAGGGGGCAACGUGCCAGUUUUCUCUCUGAUUAAUGAUGCUCACGCUGCUGCGCGUGGCUCAUGCGCUUUGUCUCCAGCCUUAGGGCUGGCGGAGAACAGCCCAGGGAACGAGUGGUACCGCGGUCGCCCGGCGCACCCAGCAGGUGCCAUCCCUCUGGAUGGGCCAGUUCUGGAUGCUCCCCAAGGGACAGAGGCCGCGACACCGCCAGGCGCCUGGCUGCGGCCACCUCCCGGGUGUGGCGGGUCUGGGGCCCGGGGUCUCCGGCCGGAGCAGCUGCAGAGCCACGUGCAACACGCGCGUUGCUCUCAGCCCGGGCUGGGACCGGACGCAUCCGGGGCUGCGGGGAGGAGCCGGGCGCCGCCCCCGGCGGCAGUGCCAGCCGCGUGGGAGGGCACGGACCGGCGGAGGGGCAGACGACGGAGGCGGCCAAACAGGAGGAGCGGGACCGAGGGAUCGGCCGAGGCUGGCUGGCUAGGGGUGGGACUGGCAGCGCCACGGACAGGUGGGAGCAGCCAGACAGCCCGAGAGAGGGAGCCCAGAACGCAGCGAGAGCGAGAGCGUGAAGUAGGCAGGGAGAGGCGCCCGGAGAGACAGACAGCCGCACGCGCGCGCCUCCUCCCUCCACGCGCCCUCCUCGCACCGCGCGCAGCGGCCAGGAGCGCCGAGUGGGAGAGGACCGUGGGCACAGGAGGCCGGAAGAGGGACGCUGCGUUGCUGGCGGGACGGAGGGAUUCGGACGGACGGACGGACCAGCGCACAGACUGGCAGCCUGCGAGAGGGGCAGCUUCGAGAGCAGAGCGCAGGCUAGCGGGAAUCCCGCGCGGAGCUGCUGGUCGGACCGACAGACGGUCGGACUGACAGACGCGCAGACGGACAGAAGGGCAGACGGGAGGCGGGGGCGCGUUCACUCCCCGCGGCCGGCCAGGCGGAGCAGGCGGCGGUGGCACCUUCUGAGCGCGCCCGGAGCGGAGACCGGCGGCAGCAGGUGCAGCGGGGACGCCAGCCGCGACCGAGCCGCCGCCGCCGCAGCCCUGGCUGCCACAGCUGUGCGGAACUCCAGCCGACACUGCAGAAAGCUCCGUUUACUAGCAGUUAAAUAAAUCAACCAAAAUCCAAACAAACAAACCAACCCAACAACAACAAAGCCAAGCCAAAAGCCAAAACAAACAAAUCCAGCCAAACCAAUCACUGAGAAACAAUACUAUUAAUAAAAUCCAAAACUAAACCAAACCCAUCAAGGCACCAAGACGCAGGGGGGAUAUCCACUGUUCGAUCAAGUUUUUUGAUUUUUGAUUUUCUACCAGUAUGACCCUCAGCCUCUCAAAACAAGAAGGAUAUUCCUCAAAGUUGAAAUGAAUCUAUAUAAGAUUUUGUUCAAAUGAAGAAUCAAUUCAAAUGAUUCCUAACCCCUCCUCAUCUACUUUGGAGAUAAAAACUGCUAUGAUUAUUUUGAGUAAACAGACAAGUGGAGAUGACAGGAAAUCAUUUUUCAUUUGUUAAAAAUCAGAAAACCUUUGACACCCACUUUAAAAUAAAUACACCUACUCCUUUGAUCUUCUGUGUAUGUAUUACCACAGGGCUUAAAUAUCUUAAUAGGAUUUUAGGUAAUGUCAUUUUCAUGAAAGACAGUCAUUUGGAAACCAACAGCUCUAUGUUUUGUCCAAAUAGCCGAGUAAUCUACUAUCUUGGCAGUAAUUGCUUUUGCUGCAUUUCUAAUGUGUAUUGCAUGAAGAGGUUAUGAAUACACUCAAGUGUGUGUGGUUUUCAAGGUAUGUAUUUGUGUUUGAUCCUAUAUUUCCUUUGUUAUAACAUUCUCCUACUUUUCAUCACUUUGACUAAUAGAAUAUUUGUAAAUUUUCUGGAGAGUGAGUUUGGGCAUAUGCUUUGAGGGAUAUGCUUCCGCAUCACAAAAGAUAUGGAAACAUAAUUGAUUACUUGCUUAUCAAUAAUAUUUUGAUUUUGUUUAAAUGAAAUUUUUAAGACAUUUGGAUUGCUAUGCAUUUAUGUUUUAAAUUUACCCUCUCUGGGCAUGUUUUGAUAAAUAAAAUAACUAAGUUACUUUA